GCUGUGUUACGUACGUUAUCUAUCCAAACAAACAAACAUAACAUACUAUGAUAUUUUAUUGAUGACAACAACUAUAUAUAACUGACAAGUCUGUAAACAACCUUUCAACAUAAUAAUUCUCAUUUCUCAACUCCAAAAUAUGGAAGAAGGAGGAGGAAGUGAGUUGAAGGCAAUGGAUGCUGAGCAACUGAGAGAACAAGGUCAUAUGAUGGUUGAUUUCAUUGCUGAUUACUACAAAACCAUUGAAAAUUUUCCAGUUCUUAGCCAAGUUCAGCCAGGUUAUCUUGGAAAGCUUCUUCCAGAUUCUGCUCCUACUCAUCCUGAAUCAUUGCAACAUGUUUUAAAUGAUGUACAGGAAAAGAUACUACCUGGGGUGACACAUUGGCAAAGCCCUAACUAUUUUGCAUAUUUUCCAUCCAAUAGUAGCAUUGCUGGUUUUUUAGGAGAGAUGCUUAGUGCUGGUCUCAGCAUUGUGGGUUUCAGCUGGAUAUCUUCUCCUGCUGCAACUGAACUCGAAACGAUUGUCCUCGACUGGCUUGCCAAAGCACUCCUUCUGCCUCAUGAUUUCUUUUCUACAGGGCAAGGGGGUGGAGUUAUACAGGGAACAGCAAGUGAAGCUGUGCUAGUAGUGUUGGUGGCUGCCCGUGACAAGAUCCUGCGGACAGUUGGAAGGAGUGCCCUUCCUAAGCUUGUGACAUAUGCAUCUGACCAAACACACUCUUCUUUACAAAAAGCUUGCCAGAUAGCAGGACUUAAUCCAGAGCUCUGCAGGUUGCUUAAAACCGAUUCUUCCACAAAUUUUGCGCUUUCCCCUGAUGUACUUUCUGAAGCAAUUUCAAAUGACAUUGCCAGUGGUCUUACACCCUUUUUCUUAUGUGCUACCGUUGGUACUACUUCAUCAACAGCUGUUGAUCCUCUACCUGCAUUGGCAAAAGUCACUAAGCCCAACAAUAUUUGGCUUCAUGUGGAUGCUGCUUAUGCUGGAAGCGCUUGUAUAUGUCCAGAGUACCGCCACUUCAUUGAUGGGGUUGAAGAAGCAGAUUCAUUUAACAUGAAUGCACAUAAAUGGUUCCUUACUAACUUCGACUGUUCAGUGCUUUGGGUUAAGGACAGAAGUGCUCUGAUUCAGUCGCUGUCUACAAAUCCAGAAUUUCUGAAAAAUAAGGCCUCUCAAGAAAACACGGUCAUAGAUUAUAAAGACUGGCAAAUUCCUCUUGGGCGUCGGUUUAGAUCAUUAAAACUGUGGAUGGUGAUGCGACUCUAUGGAUUGGAAGGCCUGCGAACUCACAUAAGAAGCCACAUUGCACUGGCAGUUUAUUUUGAGGAGCUUGUUGUUCAAGACACUAGAUUCAAGGUUGUUGCGCCUCGAACAUUCUCUUUAGUUUGUUUUCGUCUUUUGCCUCCCCAAAACUCUGAAGAUAAUGGCAAUAAACUGAACCAUGAUCUACUUGAUGCAGUAAAUUCAACGGGAGAUGUUUUCAUUACACACACGGUUCUAUCAGGUGAAUACAUUCUACGUCUCGCAGUAGGAGCACCGUUGACAGAAGUGAGGCAUGUCCAUGCAGCGUGGCAGAUUUUGCAAGAAAAAGCCACUGCUCUAUUAGAGAGUUUAUAGGAUGAAUCUGCUCUCUCACAACAUCCAACAUUGCUCUGAGUCAUCCUCAGUUUGACGUGUCUGCCUUGAUUUGUGAUUUUUUUUCCUCCAUUACACGACUCGUUCGUUUUGGUAACGCAAUCAUGUGUUGUAAGCUUAAAACAUUGUCUGAAGCAGCAGCGUUCUUUACGUAUUCGUGGAACGUGCAUAGCGCAUAAACCACACAAUUUGUUACCAAUUAAUCGAUUAUAUAGGCAACUUUAUUGAUUAGAAGUUUUUUGUAGUAACAUUAAUCGAUUAUGAAUCUCACAAUAAUCGAAUACGAGCUUCAUGUGGGUUGACAUUGA